AUGGAAGAAGCUCUUGAUUCCUACGAUCUGAGCUACUACCGCAAUCUCGUCGAGGAAAAGAACUAUUCUGUUGAUCAGCUCCUUAUACAGGAGUACUUCCCAUUCGAACACGUCCUUAAGACUCUCCUCGAACUCUAUGAGAGCAUCCUCGGUCUUAAAUUCACCAGAGUCACCGACCAACCCGUUUGGCAUGAAGACGUCGUGUGUUUGGCUGUGAAUGAUGCCGCUGAUGGCCACUUCAUCGGCUAUUGUUACAUGGACAUGUUCCCUAGGGACGGCAAGUACUCUCAUGCGGCGCUGUUCCCCCUACAGCCCAAUGUCGUCUACAAUGGUAAGAGGAGUUAUGGCGUUUGCUCCCUAGUGUGCAACUUCACCAAGUCUACUCCAAAGAAACCCUCCCUCCUCACUCACGAUGAAGUCGUCACUUUCUUCCACGAGUUCGGUCAUUGCAUGCAUCACAUCUGCGCUGAAAACGUCAAAUUCGCCGAGUUUGCUGGCACCAGUGUGGAGCAGGACUUCGUCGAAUGCCCCUCGCAGAUGUUGGAGAAUUGGUGUUGGGAGAAGGAUAUUUUGAAGCGUUUAUCGCGCCACUACAAGACCCAGGAGCCGCUCCCUGACGACCUCAUCGAGAAGCUGAUCAAGUCGCGGGAUGCCAAUGAGGGCAUCAACACUCAGAGGCAGUUGGUCUUUGACAACUUCGAUCAGAGCAUUCAUGGAGUGGCCCCACCGAGUGACAUAACAUCGACCUUCAACGACAUAUCCCUGCAGACUAUGGGUGUGAGGCAGCAAGAGGGCAGUCACUUCCCCGCUACAUUCGGCCACAUGUGCGGUUAUGAUGCAAAAUAUUACUCCUACUUAUGGGCUGAAGUGUUCGCUGAUGAUCUUUUCUUGAGCAAGUUCAAGAAGCCCAACAACCUCUUGAAUCCUGAGACGGGGAUGGAGUAUAGGAGGACGAUCUUGUCCCGUGGUGGUGCUGUAGACGCCUCGGAGAUGCUCAAGGAGUUCCUCGGUAGAGAACCCAACCAGGAUGCCUUCCUGGAAAUGAAGGGUCUCAAGGCCUGAGGAUGAGCUGUUUUAUCAUCAGCAUCAUCUUCGCAUUGGUGUGUGUGUCUCUGCUGUUG